AUACGAUGGGUAUUACAAAGGAUUAUCUCCGCUAUAUUCAUAGCGGAAGUUGCGGAUGUGUUGGAUCAGCAAAUGGUGAAAUCUGUGCGAUAGAUGCGACCACUUGUGCUGUAACUGCUUGCGAAAAUGUCAGCUUCUACAAUAUGAGAACAAAUGAGAAAGUAAGCAAAAUUACUCUUCCAUUCAUUCUUUCUAUCUAUCAGUCUUCUGGAAGCUUUGAAUGCGUAACCGCACAACUCCUUUCCGAAGUGCAUGAGAUAUCAGAGUCCACUAAGGAAGCUACUUGCAUAAAGUUUAGCAAAGACAAGAGGUGGCAAGCCGUUGGGUAUGCUGAUGGUAUUAUUCGAGUGUUCGAUAGAAAAGCUCCUGAACAAAACUGUGUCGUGUACUCGGGUCAUAAAAAAGCGGUCAGCUGCUUAGCAUUCAGCGACGACGGUCUUACAUUGGCUUCUGGAGGCAAGGAUUGUGUAGUGAUUCUAUGGGAUAUUGUCUCGGAAAGUGGUAUUUUUCGUCUCAACGGUCAUAAAGGUCCCGUCACUCAUCUUGCUUUCGCACGUGAUGACCAAUUCCUUAUAUCAUCGUCAAAGGAUUGUCUCGUCAAGUUUUGGAGCCUCAAAAGUCAAAGCUGUUUUUAUACAUUAUUCGACAGUAGUUCAGAGGUGUACUCGUUCAGUCUUCUCUGUGACAACUCUUUAAUGGUUGUAGCUAGUGCUGAGGCAGAGCUUCUCGUGUAUGAAUUAAUUUGGUUGGAGGAGGAUAAUGGUCAAAGUUUGGAAACGUCAGAUGAGCCUGAGAAGAAGAAAACAGCGGAGACCCAGGAUAUCGAAAAUUCAAUAGAGGGAAUGGCAAAUGGAGGAUUCACGUCAAUUAUCAUUCUUAAGCCCAGAUUGUCAAGCGUUCCCAGUGCCGAAGCUUCUACACAUGUUACCGAGGAUGAAGUCAAAAAGGAUGUCACCAUUCUGGUCACCAGAAUUGGUGAUUAUCGUACACCCGCUAAAAUAAAAUGGAUUGAUUUCACUCGUGUAUUCAAGCCAAGUAAGGAGGGAUCCGUAGGCUACUCGGCUUUUGCUCUGAUGGCCAACAAUACUGUUCACUUCCUGAAGAUAAAAUGUGAUUUGAAUUCAAACUCCGUAGCCUUCGAAUGUGCUUCAACGCUAGACCAGUAUGGCCAUCGCAGUGAUAUUCGUGGUAUGUCGAUAUCUUCGUCAAACAAUGCGAUAGUUUCUGGUGGAAGCGAUGAACUCAUUAUAUGGAAUACACAUUCACUUCGCCCCGUGGCUUCGCUUCAAAACGAGGCCAUGCUCGACGUUAUGGCUGUAGUUUUUACCCAAGGUGACGGACAUGUGGUGGCGGCAACGAAAUCAGGAGAGUUAUUUCUUUGGAGUGUGGCGGGAUGCGAAUUGUUGGAAUCUCGUAAGGGGCAUGAGGGAGCCAUUUGGGGAAUCGCACACUCUCCAGAUGGUAAGCAACUCUUAUCCGUGUCAGCUGACAAACGAGCGAAAUUUUGGGCAUACGAUAUUGUCACCGAAGGAACCCGCAAACGCUUAACACUACGUGAAAGUCGAAUUCUCGAGGUUCCAGAUGAAGCCCUUUGCUGUGCUUUUUCACCUGAUGGCAAGUUCGUUAUAAUUGGUUUGUUGGAUAACACAGCGGCCGUCUACUUUCAUGACACCUUGAAAUUUUUCAUAUCGUUGUACGGGCACUCUUUACCAGUGACAUGUGUCACUGUGAGCCCCAAUAGCAAGCUCGUCGUAACAGGAUCGGCUGACAAGUCAAUAAAAAUAUGGGGACUUGACUUUGGAGAUUGCCACAAGUCGUUCCACGCUCACGAUGAUGUUGUUUCCGCGGUAAUGUUCUCUCCGUCUGACGAGAUGUUGGUCUGGUCGGCUGGUCGCGAUGGUAAAAUCAAGCAGUGGGAUGCUCAAAAAAUGUGCCGGGUACAGGUGCUAGAUCGGCACUCCUCUGCGGUACGAGCGCUCGCUCAAUCCGAUUCUGGGUCCAUGCUGUUCUCUGCUUCCCAUGAUAAAUCUUUGCGUUGCUGGGAACUCACUGAAGAGAUCAUAGUCGUUGAAGAGGAGGAGGAGAUGGAGAGAGAAAAGGAUUAUGAAGCACGUCUCCUAGAUGAAGAAGACGUGGUUACCGGUGAAGCAAUUGACGCUGAAGCAGGCCUUGCUUCGGUCAAAAAUAGCGAGAGUGUGGUUACGGCAGAGAACAUCAUUGAAGCAGUUGAUAUUGUGAGGAAUGAGAGGGCGCAGUUGGCAGGGAAUGACGAGCACAAGCCUCAUCCUCUUCUCGCUGCUUAUAAAAGCAAGUCCCUCGACCAUUUCAUUAUUGACGUCAUUGGAAGAUGCCGUCCAAGCAAUCUCGAACGGUCAUUGCUCAUGGUUCCGCUUAGCUAUAUUUCCGAUAUUCUUUCUGCUUUAUCGGAAUGUGUUCAAAAGCGCCACAGAGUUGAAUUUGCAGUCCGAAUUGCAAUAUUCUUGAUAAGGAUUCAUCAGAACUUCAUAAUCAAUUCUGUUGCAAUGUUGCCUGUUCUCGAGAAGAUUUCAGCCGAAAUGCCAAAAGGAAUAACGGAAGUUCGCGACAUAACGGGAUUCAAUUUGGCUGCCUUGGAACUGCUUCAAUUAGAGCUUGAAGAAUCACAAAACCUGAAAUUAUUCGCAGAUGUUUCUGGGGUCUUGAGCAAACAAAAGAAGAAGAACAAGGCGAGGAAAGCAGUCAUAAAAACGUGA